GGAUACCUGACUGAAGACAAGUGCCGAAAACGUACCGCCACCUUUUUUAGUUGUGUGUCUUUUGUGUAUUGUAAACUUUUUUUUGUGGAUAUUUUUUCUUUUUUGGAUUUCUGUUUUCAACUGGACAUUUUGUUUCAGCCAAGACAUCAUCAAAAUAGUAUCGGUAAUGGAUAAAUCUGGUUUCUAGUUCAAAUAACGAGAAAGCCACGAGAUCAAUUAACACCUAAAGGAUCAUGGACGCCGACAGCAGCUACGGCGGCAGCGACACCGCUCAAGAUUCGCACUCGGCUCACGAGCACAAUUCACCCUUCAAUGACGUCACAACGACCGCCGUGCACAGCAUUGACGAAUCUCCUUCACCUGCCAACCACCAGUACUACCACAAAAACGAAGUCACCUUGCCUAUUCACUACGACGAACCCGAUCGGAGCACUUCGUCAAAAUCCAAAGAGCCUCACUACAUGUCAACUGUCAAUUUGAAUAUCAAACAAAGCUUGGAGAAUCACAGCAAUUUGGAAGAGAUGAGCAAAAAUUAUAGGAGCACGAAUUAUUUGAAUGCCGAUGACGAACAGGAAGGAGGCAAAAAAGAUGUCGGCAUCGAGAAUCCUGCUUUCGAUGACGACGAACCUGUCAAAAAAGUUAAAAGUACCUUUGACAAUUCCAAGCCGUACAAUGGCGAAAUGGCACGAAACUUGAAGAAACAUGAAGAGCCAACCACUGAAGCUGUCAACUUGGAAUUGAUCAAUUUGAAACCGGCGUCCGGCAAAGACGUUGCCGGACCGUACGAAAAUGGCCUCAAUGGCGUCACCAGUAUUCCUGUCAAAAAAGAUGACGAUGCAGAAAUGGGCAACCCCUACGACGAAUAUUUCGUACCUGUCAACGAACAUAGAAAAUAUAUGAGAGGCGAAAAACUCUACGUCACGAUGGACAAGCGCAACAAGAAAAGUCGCAACAAGUGUCUCUGUUGGACGGUGUGCUUGUGCAUAGUAGCGGGCGCUUUGAUAAUAGGAAUUUUAGCGGCUGUUGGUGUGAUAGGUAACCAAGGCCCGAUGCAACCAAAAGAAAUCACUGCUAGGCACUUUGACGGUGCCGAAGCCCAAGUAAAAGGUGCGGCAGUUUUUGGUACCGCCAGUGACCUUCCUCCAACCCCCGGACCUCCAUUGAGUACCGUUUCAAGCCUGCUACCCUCUACUGAUACUUCAAUGAUCGAAGUUCCUAGAGCUCUAGAGUCGGAAAUAGUGAUUGACAAUUUGGAGUUUUCUGAUGCUUUGUUGGACAAAAAUAGCUCGCAAUAUCGAACAUUGGCCGAAUCUCUGGAAACCGAACUUAAGAAGGCUUUGUUUUCCAAUGACAUGCUCAAAUAUGGCUCGUCUGACAUCGAAAUCAAAAUUAUGGACUUUUUGUCGGGAAGCGUUGUUGUCAAAUAUCGCGUCGCUUGGAGGUUCAAGGAGGGAAUCCACAACGCCAAAGACCCGAUCAGUCCCGAAGCGCUCCGAAGAAAAAUCGAUAAUGUUUUGCAACGUAAUGGCGGCCUGAUGGAUACUUAUCAUUUAGCUGACAGGCCAAUGGAAACUCGGAAAAUCAUGGAUUUAUGCCAGAUUCAGAACAAUGGCUGCGAGCAUUUGUGCUUGUUCGAUUAUGGCAAGAGUUUGAAUUUCAUUUGCACUUGUCCUGAAGGACAGAUUUUGGCCGAGAAUGGCAAAAAUUGUGUUGACUUACAUCAUGGGGAACCUUCGGCUGAACCAGAACCUUCGGCUGAACCGGAACCUUCACCUGAACCUGAACCUGCACCUGAACCUGAGCCAACAUCCUCAAAGCCUUCCGCUGAACCAGAACCAGUAGCGGAGCCAGAGCCUACUGCUGAACCAGAACCUUCUCCAUCUCCAGAACCUUCCGCUGAACCGGAAUCUGCAGCUGAACCUGAGCCAACAUCACCAGAGCCUUCUGCUGAGCCAGAGCCAGAGCCUACUACUGAACCAGAAUCUAAAGCUGAACCUUCUCCAUCUCCUGAGCCUGCUGCUGAACCUUCUCCAUCUCCUGAGCCUGCUGCUGAACCGGAACCUGCCCCAGAGCCAACUGCUGAACCUGAACCUUCACCUGAGCCUUCAUCGUCUGCCAAAUCUGAGCCUUUAGAAUUAUUCAAUUCAACUGAAACCGAGCACAUAUUUAUUCAUGAAGACCAUCAAACUGAAGAACCGAAGCCUGAACCAGAACCCAGUUCAACUGAAUCAGUCUUGAUUAACCAAUCAGAAACCACCGUGAAACAAGCAAUGACUCAUGACGGCCAUAGUGAAUCAAGACACUUCAACCAUGACCAUGUAAUUUUGGCUGAAGAUUCCACCAAUGCAAAUAUUGUACCAGACGAUCAUACCAAUUUAGACAAUGACGACGAAUAUCAUUUUGUCAAUGAAGAAGCCACCUAUUUGGAACCAGAAAUGAAAACUGAAGAAUCUUCAACAGAAAAAGGUAAAGUAGAAGCCAUUACCACAACUGAAGCAAUUGAGGUUACAAGUAAAAUUGAAGAAGCAACAGUAAAUGUUACAAUCAAGCAUGAAGAAGCUACAACUGAACAAUUAGAAGUUAAAACUGAAGAAAUUAGGCACCAAGAAACAACUACUGAAGUUAAAGCAACAACUACAACUGAAGAAAAUGGCAUUCCACAUCUCAUUCCAGUUGUAGUAGGAAAUCCUACUACAACUACCGAAACUACAACAACUACUGAUCUAUUUUCAGACAUAAAAAUGAAUCAGCUAAAAACCCUCGAUGUAGUGACUCCUGCAGCUGAAGUAUUCACUACAAGUCCUUCAUCAACAUUGAAUCACACCUACCAGAAUCAGAUAAUGAACAUUGAAGAAGGCGAGCCAAAAAUCAUCGAACUCGCUUCAACAACAAUGAACCAAACAACCGACCAAAUCUUGGAGCACAACAUGUCGCCAUUUUUGCCUGAAAUUGAAAACGACACUUUAGUCAACAUUUUACAUUCGGACGAACAUUUUAUCGGCCAUCCGACUGAAUCGCAUGAUUCCCUGGAAUCUAAACCCAACAGUUUAGAGAAUGAUCAGCUAAAUCACACAAAUCCGUAUGAUCCACAUCCCACUGACAUUUCAAGUUUAGGAAUUUUGCCUUUAUUAGAAAACGAAGAUAAUGAAAUCGGAGGAGAAGAUACAAAAAUUAAGAGUACUACAACUACAAUAAAGGCAACAGAAAUUGAAGAUACGACAACUACAAUAAAGGCAACAGAGAUUGUAGACGAGGUUGCUACAACAACUACAAAAAUUGAUGUAAAUGAAGCAACUACAACUAGAUUGGUUGAAGAAAAUAUAACUCUUCCUCCAGAGAUAUACAAUAAUGUUCAUAGUAAUAGCUUUUUUGAAAAGGAGCUCAAAGAACCAAUUAUUGAAGAAGUUACAACCAAUAAUGACUCUAGCACUGAAGACUUAAUUGCCAUGGAAACUACCACUAAUAAUGUAGUAGAAGAUGUUACUACACAACAACCUGAAAUUAUGGAAACUACUACAAACAACACAGAAGAAUCUUCUACAACCUACCAAGUUAAAGAAUCAUCUGUAGCUGAUAUAACAACAACAGAGCGGCUGUUUGUCACAGCUAGGCCUACAAUCGCUAUAGAAACCGAAGAAGAUCUUUCUGUAGCUCCUCUAGACAGUUUCAACAGCAUAGAAGAGCAAAGUGUCAUGGACAAAUUCAACCUUAAAGAAUACGAAAAAAUAGACGACAAGGAUUUGUUUAAAGUGCCUGAGAAUGCUACUACAACCAAAGAGGAUCCACCAAUGACAACCACACAAGAACCUAGCGAGUUUGCUAAUGCCACGUCAAGUUCCGAUGACGUCAAGCCUGUUACUGAAGAUUUUACGUUGUUUAGUUUUCCAAGAUGCGCAACCGGUCAAUUCCAAUGCGCCAACGGUACAUCAGUAAAAGAUGGCAGCUAUUGUAUACCGGCAAACGACAGGUGCGACUCCGUUUCGGACUGUACUGACGGUUCCGAUGAACUAGGUUGUACCGAAGAAGGAUGUCCCAAUAAUUUCAAGUGCGCCAGCGGACAAUGCCUGAAGCGCCAUCUAGUUUGCGACGGCAUCCUGAAUUGUAACGACGGCAGUGACGAAGCAGGAUGCGAUUCUUGGUCGUGUAACUUUGACGAAUUUGCCUGCAAACAAGGCAAACGUUGUUUGCCGUUUUCGUGGAAAUGCGACGGCCGGUCUCAGUGUCCGGACGGUUCGGACGAGCAACACUGUCACAUGACUCAGUGUCAAAACAACUCGUUCCAUUGCUCGGAACAGGAUUCUUGCAUUCCGGACAGUUGGCGGUGUGAUGGUACAAAUGACUGCGCCAACAGUGAAGACGAAAAACUAUGCGAAUGCAGCAGCGAACAAUUUAAAUGUCAAAUGGGCGGUGGUUGCAUUGACAAAAAGCUGCGCUGUGACGGGAUUCCACAAUGCGCAGACCGUUCUGAUGAGUGGCAAUGUCUAGUAUUACAAACGGUCGGCAAUGAAGAUCGCAUUUUACAUAUCCAGCUUGAAAACGACACAUUUUCUCCGAUUUGCCUGGACGAAAACGCCUGGAACGCCACCUACAAUGACAUGGCAUGUAACAUUUUGGGAUAUCCAGGAUCUAUCCAAUUAAAAUCAGUUGAUAAACCACUAGAAAUUGACGUCAAAGAUUAUUACAAGUUGGAAAUCAAAUCUCCCAAGCUGUCAUUGGUGUCACAACUUGUCAAAGUUGACAAGUGCAGCACAGUUGCAAAACUGCAAUGUCAAGAAUUCAGUUGUGGUAGUACCAAUACAGAACGAGUACCGCAAGCUCGUUUAAUGGGCGGUAACAAGGCGGCAGCCACUCAAUGGCCAAGUCUGACUCUGCUCUACGACAAAAAGCGCAACAUUCAAUGUACUUCUACUCUGAUUGCUCCCAUGUGGGCUUUAGCCAGCUACUCUUGCGUAGUUUCUCAGGACAACACGAUUCCAAAUGCAGAGGAGUGGGUGGUGUACGCAGGUAGUACCAGUUUCUUCAAUGGAGCCGACAAUUCUAGUACUCAAGUCGGUAAAGUCAAGGAAAUUGUGCCGCAUCCACAGGCGAAAUAUUCACACUACGAAUACUUAAACGACAUUGUCCUUGUCCAACUGUCAAAACCUUUUAAUUUGGAUCAAAACGUCAGUACUGCCUGUCUGCCAAAUAAGGACAUUGAACCGAGACAGCUUUGUGUACUAUCUGGGUGGGGUAUCAGCAAACCUGGAGACCCGAACAAGGAGCAGUACCUUCAUUAUUUACCAGUCCCAAUUAUCGACAACGAAGAAUGCAACUCUACCAAGCACUACAAUGGAACAAUGAACUCUGAUAAAAUAUGCGCCGGGUACAUUGACUCAGAAAAAUCUCCUUGUUACAACGAUGAAGGUGCGCCACUGAUGUGUCACUCCGAAGAAACCAACCGGUGGGAAUUGCAAGGCGUUCUGAGCCAUCACGAGAAUUGCGGCGUCAGCAAACAUCCGGCCAUUUAUUCAGCAGUAAAUGUCAAACUCAGAAGCUGGAUUGGCAACACUGUCGGUGUCGCUUUAUUGGAAAAGGACAAGACAUGAAUCGUAUACGAGCAAAAGAGAGCUGUGAUUUUAUUUUGAAUUUUUGAAUAUUACUUUGUAUAGACUGUGUAUAGUUUUAUAGAGAUUUUUUUGUUUUUGGCUCGGAACACUUUGUUUUGAGACAAUAAUCACUGUAAAAUAAUGCAAAACUUAUGUGCUCAAUGUAUUUCUAGUACUUAAUUUUGACUCUAUAGGUGGCGCUCGUAUCAGAAGCACACAUCCUUGUUUUUCACAUGGGUUUAAAAAAGGAUGACGAUACUACUUAUGUGCUAUUAUUGACACUUGCGCUUUCUAGAAGAUUAACUAAUUUUUUCCAUAACUUUAUUAUAGUAUAGCCAUAUUCAUUACCAAGAAACGCUGUCAUUGGCGUGCAUCUAUUUUUAUUACCAGUAAUUUUAAGUUUGAAAAAAUGCUCUUGUAAAGGCAGCUUAACAUUAAUGGCGAUUGAACUUUUUUUUGACAGUUUGACGCAUUGUUUAUCUGUCAUUUGUCAAAAGUGCAAUAAUCGCUACGAGUGAAAUGUAAAUAGUGUAAAUUAAGUUGUUAUCUUUUUUCUUUUGGUCUUUUUUUUAGGUUAACCAUCUUCAUUAUUCUUAUAAAAUAAUAAUAAUAAGGAAAAUUACACUCCGUCCCGAUAAUAUGUGAUUGCUAGUCAAGCAUCUUUGUGCCAAUUAUGAUUGCGCAGUUGAAAAAUUUCUGACCGUUUUGUUGUAAUUGGGCACGUAGAUGACGUCACACAUAACCUCAAGAUGGAGGCGUUUUAAGGUCUAUUUUUACACGCAGGCGCCUAUUACGUCAAAAAUCAUAUUAGCCUAUCCAAAAUACGUGACUUUUGACAAGCAAAAUAUGUCCGGAAAGGGUUUUGUAUGCCUCUUGGCAGACAUUUUGACUUGAGUUUGACAGCAUCUUGGAUAGUCGAAUAACGUCACUUUGAAUAAAAUGUCAUUGUGAGGUUAUGUGUGUGACGUCAGCUAUGGUGCCUAAUUUGUAAAUAUGUUUUUUUUUUUAGUAAUUAAUGUCCAGUAAUUUGUAUUAAACAUUUAAUAUUUCAAUAAACAUAAAAAUAUU